CUUCCGCAGAAGGUGUUUUGGGCGUGUUGGGUAUUCGUGUGAAAAUUUGGUACAUAAUUGGUGAAAAUAUACACUUUUUUUUUUUUUUAAAUUGAGUAAAUAGCAUGCUGUUCUUUCUACACAUUGGGAUUUUGUAAUACCUGACUGCACAAAAUAAGUUUAUCAUUGGAAACAUGAUAUCAGCAGUGGAGUUGGCUUUAUGAAAUAAAGUAUAUAUGUAGGCAGUGGACUCACCUAUGAAAAUGACCAGUAACACUCAAAAAAGGUCUGUCGUUACAAGAGGUUUCAAAAGGUCAGUGUUAGAAAAUCCAGCCACUGUAGCGUCUUUGGAUAGCUUGACAAGGUCUCAAUUUGAGAGUUUGAAAACUAAGAUGCCCUCUGUUCAGUCAAGUGCUUCUCCAAGCAGUGCAUCAACUAGGACUCCGAGAGAACGGAUUGCUGAAUGGAGAAAGCAGUUGGAGAAUACUCACUGGAUACAGUGUGACAAUGAAGAUUGCAUGAAAUGGAGGCGUGUCACAGAGGCUGAAGUGACCAGUGUCACAGAGGAAUCAAAAUGGUUCUGUUUUAUGAAUAAUGACGAGCAGUUCAGGUCUUGUGAUGUGCCUGAGGAAAACACUCGUUGGUAUGACAACACUGCAAAGAAACUGGGACUUGUCUACAUUAAAUCUAUUCUCAAGGAAGGAACACUGGUGUUGGCAAAAUUUCCAGGAUAUUGCAAGUGGCCUGCUCUCAUCACGCAAGAUCCCGACAAUAACUUGUUUGUGACAUUCACAUCACCCGGUGAACCGUACACGUACCAUGUGGAGUUCUUGGGCAAGUCUCACAGCCAUGGCUGGGUGAAGGCUUCAUCAGUGGAAAUAUUUGGAAAGGCCGUGCUGCAAAAAGAACGUGUUAAAACGGAGACCUGCACACAGUGGAAAAGAAGAUCGGGCCUCCAGAAAAAAGCACUGACACUGAAGCAGAAUGCAGGGAAACAGACUUACAGAAAGAGUGAAACGGUGCAGUACGCUAUGGAGGAAGCUAGACACCUACAACUGAUGUCUGUGUCCGAGAGACUGGUCAGAUGUGAAUACUUACCAAACCAGGGCUAUCAGUCAUACUGGGCUAAAAACCAUGCCCAAACCUCAACACAUGAUUCAGUAAAUGAAGAGUCAAGAUGCAAACAUGAUUUAAGCUUGUGUUCUGAAACUCUGAACAUCAAUAAACUGAAACCGAAUGUAGAAACCGAAAAAGGUUAUCAUGCUGAAAUAUUCCACCAUAUCAACAACCUGAAACCACAAGACCAAAGACAGCGGACUAACAGAAAAAGUUUGAAAAUAAAUACUUCAGCUGAACAAUAUGAGGCUGAGUCUCCUGUGAUACAAAGUCUUAAUUUUAGUGACGCAGAUGGAGUUAACGUGCAGUUGGAUUUCUCUUCAAACUCACUUGCCGACCACUCAAAGGAGGAGAAGUUUGUUCUGGAUGUCGAGAUGUACAAAAGAAAUGAAAGAGCUUUUGAUCAUGAUGUGUAUCGCUUCAUGAAAAGAAAUGAUGUGAAGAUCAGUCGACCACCGAUCUGGCACAAGACACCAGUGACACUGUUUCAGUUGUUCCUGGCUGUCCACGAACGAGGUGGUUAUAAAAAGGUAUGUUCAACUCGCUCUUGGACAUCCGUGUAUCGAGAAGUGUCUGAGGUAUGCACUGCCAGUACAAGUCAUUACAGUUAUGGCAGCAUAGCAAAAAGAUAUUACAAGAAAAAUUUAUAUCCUUAUGAACUUUAUAUCAAAGGAAAGGACUACAGCAAGUACAUAAAGCUUGCCAAACCUAAAAUAAGUAAGAAAAAAUCCAAGGCCAAAACACAUACUGCAAACAGUUUAAUCAGGCUGGCACCAACAAUGGAGCAGCUUCAAGCAGUAAAUAUUGGAGAAAAUUGCCUUUUCGACGAGUUAAAUGAUCUUGACUCUGAGAAGUCCCUUGACCUGAUGGAACUGUUGGGGAACCUGGAGCAGGAGGGCACCCUGUGUUGUCUGGAGGAAGAUGUGGCCAUCGGACAGAGCAAGCUGGGAAUCGAUAUCACAUUCUGCAACGAGUCUCCUCUCCCAAAACAGAUACCAAAUAUUGUAGAAGCAGACACGUUUUCAGAGUUUGGGACAUUUGUUCAACAAGGUCAACAUUCAGGUGAAGAAGCUCAAGUACCCGACACUUCCAUUUUUAGUCUCAACAGUAACGAUGAGGAUAAAUUUCUGUACGAAAUGCAAGCUUUGCAAAAAGAACUUUAUGAACAAAUAGACAACUUAUAGUUGGUGUUUUUACUAUGGUAGACACCAUCUGAAAGUUGGUACAUAUCUUAUGGACCAUUUACAAUUAUCAACAUUUUUAUGAGCUGAUAAAACUGUUACAGUCGGGAGGUAAAUAGCAGGUGCUAUAUGGAAGUGGUAAAUAGCAGCAUAUGCUUUAAAGCCAAUAACAAACAUGUAAAAAUAUUCCUUACAGAAACAACAUUUUUGACAUACGUUUUCAGUGGGGUAAAAAAAAAAAAAAAAAAAAUACAGUUAGUACACAAGAAUAGUGAAUAAAAUGUUGAUAACUGAACAGUUGACUGUUUAUUGCUAAAUUAUGCAAGAUGGAAUAACUGCAGAAAGAACUUUAUGAACAAACCGACAGCAUGUUGGACAUUUUUUUCUUCAUAAAUCACCAUUUAGAUACUGACAUACAUCUCUGGGUUUUGUUACUAAGUUAGUAAAUAAUAUUGAUUCAAGAUGGAGUCAAAGUGUGUUCAAAUAUGCAAGCUAUGCAGAAUGAACUUUAUGAACAAACCGACGUUUUACAAUUUGUAUUUUCACUUUAAUAUUGCUGUGUGAAUCUCAUUGAUAUAUCUUAGUGUAGUGGUAAUUACAUAAUAUGUUAUAUCAGGAAUGAUGUUCCAUGGUACCAGAUUCAUUCUAAUAAUGCAUUUUAAAUUCUGUUAAAGAUAGCUUUAUUUAUUAUUGGUUAACAUUUGUACAUUAUUUGAAAAAUUGAGUGACUAAUGUUUUUGGUUUUGUUUUAAUUUCUCUACUUCGACAAGGUUUACUACUUUUAUUAUACAAAAAAAACCUAAAAAAAAUAAAUGUGUUGUGAACAUGCAGUUGUUUUUCAUGGUUAUUAAAAACAUGUAUUCCUAGUCUAGUUUUCUGUAAUCCAGUUUGUAUAUUUGUGAGAUCAAGGCAAUACUUUGAUUCAACAUGGUCAUGGAAAGUCGUCAAUGAAUUUUAGAUGGGAAUUUUAGUAAAUGAAGCCUCGUAAUUGUUAUAAAUAAUCAUUAUUACAUUAAGAGUAUUAUAUACAGAACAUUUCUCACAAUUAUCUUAAUAAGCUAUAAAUAAAUAAAAUUAAUAGUGCUUCCUUAGAAAAAGCUAGUACAGUGAUCGUGUUGAUGACCUUUAGAUCUACCAAAUAUUACUUCUAAAAGCCAAAAAAUAAAUUACAAUAUUCUU